ACAAGUCAAACGGUAAACCAGAAAAACCAACAGGGCCGUUGCCAUUGUCACCUGAUCUUUGUCUAGAUUUAGAAAGUGUAGAGAGUAAAAUCUUUUUCAUCUCUCUCCUCAACGCCAUCAUCAUCAUUCAACACCUUUUCUUUCUAUCUCUCUGUGAAAGUAUAUUACGCCUUUGCCUUUCUUCAUUUCCGCAUAUUCUGUCUGCAAAAGAAUUAUCAGAUUUUCUGCAAUCAAAUCUCAAAAGCUUCAAAAAGUUACAGACAGAGAGAGAGAAAGAGAAGGGAAAAAAAAAAUUGCAGCCCAUUAACUGCAAUUAUUAUUCCCUCCCUUUUUCCUUUCUUUCUCUCUCUCUCUGUCUUUUAUAUUUGCCAGCUCGUCUUCUCUUUUCUGUUGUACCCUUUUCUUUAUUCUCUCUCUAUCAACACGUUCACAAAGAUCUCCUGAGGUGCAUUUGACUCUUCCCGUAUUUUGAUUAAUUCUGUUGGUGUUCAGAAUAUCGGCAUAGCUGAAGUUAGGAGCUUCAACAAUCUAAUUUCUUUUUCUUCCUCAAAAGAAGCUGUAACAGGAAAGAUUUUGCAUCAUGUCUAACUCUAUUAAAGCCUUAGAACCUGCAUUUCAGGGUGCGGGUCAGAGAAUAGGGACCGAAAUUUGGAGAAUUGAGGAUUUCCAACCAGUUCCAUUGCAGAAGUCUGAAUAUGGUAAAUUCUACUCGGGUGAUUCUUACGUCAUCUUGCAGACAACUUCAGGUAAGGGAGGUUCUUAUAUGUAUGAUAUACACUUCUGGCUUGGAAAGGAUACUAGUCAGGAUGAAGCUGGAACUGCAGCUAUCAAAACUGUUGAGCUUGAUGCGAUUCUUGGAGGGCGAGCAGUACAGCAUAGGGAAAUCCAAGGUCAUGAAUCUGACAAAUUUUUAUCAUACUUUAAGCCAUGCAUUAUACCAUUGGAAGGUGGUAUUGCAUCUGGAUUCAAGAAACCAGAAGAGGAAGAAUUUGAAACUAGGUUGUAUAUCUGCAAGGGUAAACGCGUUGUCAGGAUGAAGCAGGUCCCAUUUUCCCGGUCCUCUUUAAAUCAUGAUGAUGUGUUCAUUCUGGACUCAAAGGACAAGAUAUAUCAGUUCAAUGGUGCAAAUUCUAACAUCCAGGAGAGGGCCAAAGCACUAGAAGUUAUUCCGUUCUUGAAGGACAAGUAUCACGAGGGAACGUGUGAUGUUGCAAUUGUUGAUGAUGGGAACUUACAAGCUGAGUCGGAUUCGGGAUCAUUCUGGGUGCUCUUUGGUGGCUUUGCUCCAAUUGGCAAAAAGGUUUCUAGUGAAGAUGAUAUUGUGCCCGAGAAGACACCUGCGAAACUUUAUAGCAUAAAUGAUGGUCAAGUCAGUCCCAUGGAUAGUGAACUAUCAAAAUCCAGCUUAGAAAACAAUAAAUGCUAUCUUUUGGAUUGUGGUGCUGAGGUAUUUAUUUGGGUUGGACGUGUAACUCAACUGGAAGAGAGGAAAGCUGCCAUUCAAGCUGCUGAGGAGUACCUUACCAGUCAAAAUAGACCAAAGUCAACACAUGUAACCCGACUUAUUCAAGGCUAUGAAACACAUUCAUUCAAGUCCAACUUUGACUCUUGGCCUUCAGGGUCUGCACCAGCCGCUGAGGAGGGAAGAGGAAAAGUAGCAGCUUUGCUGAAGCAACAAGGUGUUGGUGUUAAAGGUGCUAGCAAAAAUGCUCCUGAAAAUGAGGAAGUCCCCCCGUUGCUUGAAGGGGGUGGAAAAAUAGAGGUCUGGCGCAUCAAUGGCAGUGCAAAGACCCCUGUGCCCGGAGAUGAUAUUGGUAAAUUUUACAGUGGAGAUUGCUAUAUAGUUCUUUACACAUACCAUUGUAAUGACAGGAAAGAAGAUUAUUAUCUAUGCUGGUGGAUUGGAAAGGAUAGCGUUGAGGAGGACCAAAACAUGGCUGCUAAAUUGGCCAGUACAAUGUGCAAUUCACUUAAAGCGAGACCGGUGCUGGGUCGCGUAUAUCAAGGGAAAGAACCGCCACAAUUUGUUGCAAUCUUCCAGCCCAUGUUGGUCCUUAAGGGUGGAUUAAGCUCUGGUUAUAAAAGUUAUAUUGCAGACAAGGGCCUGAAUGAUGAAACUUACACUGCUGAUUCUGUGGCACUGAUUCGAUUAUCUGGAACUUCUGUGCAUAACAACAAAGCAGUUCAAGUUGAUGCUGUGGCAACUUCACUGAACUCUAAUGAGUGUUUUCUUCUGCAAUCUGGCUCUUCAGUAUUUAGUUGGCAUGGAAAUCAGAGUACCUAUGAGCAGCAGCAAUUAGCAGCAAAAGUUGCAGAAUUCUUGAAGCCAGGAGUAACUGUGAAACACGCUAAAGAAGGAACAGAGAGCUCAACUUUCUGGUUUGCUCUUGGAGGAAAACAAAGUUACACCAGCAAGAAAGUAGCUUCAGAGGUCGCCAGAGAUCCCCACUUGUUUGCUUAUUCAUUUAAUAAAGGAAAGUUUGAGAUUGAAGAAAUCUACAACUUCUCUCAAGAUGAUUUAUUGACUGAGGAUGUUUUAUUACUUGAUACACAUGCCGAAGUGUUUGUUUGGGUUGGUCAGUCAUCGGAUCCCAAAGAAAAGCAAAGUUCUUUUGAAGUUGGACAGAAAUACAUCGAGAUGGCUGCAUCCUUAGAAGGGUUGUCUCCUCAUGUUCCACUGUAUAAAGUCAUGGAAGGAAAUGAGCCUUGCUUCUUUACAACAUUUUUCUCCUGGGAUCCUGCUAAAGCUAUCGCACAUGGAAACUCGUUCCAAAAGAAGGUUAUGCUACUCUUUGGGGUCGGUCAUGCUUCAGAGAAUCAGCAAAGGUUCAAUGGGACAAAUCAAGGUGGAGCAACCCAAAGAGCUUCAGCUUUGGCUGCUUUGAACUCUGCAUUUAGUUCAUCAUCUCCAGCAAAAUCCAGUUCUGCGCCAAGGUCUGCAGGGAAAAGUCCGGGUUCACAAAGAGCAGCUGCAAUAGCUGCUUUAUCUUCUGCUCUUAGUGCCGAAAAGAAGCAGCCACCUGAGGGCGGCUCUCCUCUCCGAUUAAGUAGAACUUCAUCAGUAGAUGCUAUUGCCCCUGGGAAUGAAGUUUCUACUGCUGAGAUUGAAGAUUCUAAAGAAGUUCCAGAACGCAAGGAGAUCGAAACAGUUGAGCCUGCAGAGACUGAUGGGGAAGACGUGGGACCGAAGCCAGAACCAGAACAGGAUGAGACUGGCAAUGAUAGUAGUCAAACUACAUUUAGUUAUGAACGACUGAAGGCUAAAUCUGAAAAUCCUGUCACCGGGAUUGAUUUAAAACGGAGAGAGGCUUAUCUUUCUGACGAGGAAUUCGAGUCUGUACUAGAAAUGACAAAAGAAGCUUUCUAUAAGUUGCCUAAAUGGAAGCAAGAUAUCCACAAAAAGAAAGUUGAUCUCUUCUAGAACCAAGAUAUCCACAAUAUAUGGGUACAUAUUGCUUUGAUUGGUACUUUCAUUUUGCUGUCUGCUUUUAUCAGAACCAAGCUUUUGGUGUUCUUGGUUUUUUUUUCACUUUGUCAUGUCUGUUUGAAGAGUGAUAUAUUUUGAGUUCUCUCUUAUACUGUAGUUGAAAGUCAGCAGUCAGAUCAAUUCUUUGGUUUUCUAACUCAUUAUGUAUUGAGGUCACUUUUGUCAAUCAUUUAUUUGUUAAUUAAAGGGUGUGUACAGACUUUACAUUAUUUAUAACUGAUGCAGUAGCUAUCUGCUUCUGCUUUUGUUCAA